AUGGAUUUCGUGUCCAUUUUUGUCAGUGUGUUUUUCUUCCACUUCAUUCACUUUGAAUCAACAUUUGCAGCCCCUUCUCCUAUCAUCAGAUUUCCUGGCGAUGACACUCCAAGAACAGACAAAGAGGUUGCACUGCGCUACUUGAACAAAUUCUAUGGAUGCCCGCAAGACAGAUGUAACCUAAUGGUGCUCAAGGACACCUUAAAGAAAAUGCAAAAGUUCUUCUCCCUGCAAGAAACCGGCGAGAUUGAUGCCAAAACUGUGGAGAUCAUGAAAAAGCCCCGCUGUGGCGUGCCAGAUGUGGCCAACUACAAUUUCUUCCAUAGAAAACCUUUGUGGCAGAAAAAAGACAUCACCUAUAGAAUCCUCGGCUACACUCCGGAUCUAGACGAGGAAGUCAUCAAUGAUGCUUUCUUCAGAGCCUUCAAAGUGUGGAGUGAUGUCACGCCACUCUCGUUCACUCGCCUCAUGGAUGGCGAGGCAGACAUUAUGAUCAAUUUCGGCCGCAAUGAGCAUGGUGAUGGUUACCCAUUCGACGGCAAAGACGGCCUCUUGGCUCACGCGUUUGCCCCUGGACCAGGAAUAGGCGGCGACUCCCACUUUGACGAUGACGAGCAGUGGACGCUGGGAGACGGCCAAGUGGUGAAGGUCAAGUUUGGCAAUGCGGACGGAGAGUUCUGCAAAUUCCCCUUCCUGUUCCAGGGUACUGAGUACAAAAGCUGUACAUCUCAGGGCCGUGACGAUGGCUUCCUGUGGUGCGCAACCAGUUACAACUUUGACGAAGAUGGCAAAUACGGCUUUUGUCCUCACGAGUUGCUCUUCACCCUUGGUGGCAAUGGCGAGGGUGCGGCAUGUAAAUUCCCCUUCACCUUCCAGGGUGAAAAGUAUGACAGCUGCACCACCACUGGCAGAGAUGACGGCUAUCGCUGGUGUGCCACAACUGAGAACUAUGACCAAGACAAAACCUACGGAUUUUGCCCCGAAACCGCUAUGUCAACUGUGGGAGGUAAUAGUGAAGGGAGCCCCUGUGUCUUCCCUUUCACCUUCCUUGGAGACACCUAUGAGGCCUGCACCACUUCUGGACGCAAUGAUGGCAAGAUGUGGUGCGGUACAACCAAGAGUUACGAUGAUGACCGCAAGUGGGGUUUCUGUCCUGACCAAGGAUACAGUUUAUUCCUUGUGGCUGCUCAUGAGUUUGGCCAUGCCCUGGGCUUGGAGCAUUCUGAAGACCCAGGCGCACUGAUGGCCCCCAUCUAUACUUUCACCAAGGAUUUCAGACUCUCUAGCGAUGAUAUUAACGGCAUCCAGGAGCUUUAUGGUGUUCCUACAGAUAAGCCUUUACCUCCAACCCAGGGACCCGUUACCCCCAUGGACAUCUGUAAGGAGACUGUUACUUUUGAUGCAGUUGCCCAAAUUAGAGGAGAGACCUUCUUCUUUAAGGACAGGUUCUUGUUCAGGUCAGUAAACUUCAGAAGCAAGCCCAAUGGACCCAUGCUGGUGGCCACCUAUUGGCCUGACCUGCCCAGCAAGAUAGAUGCCGUUUAUGAAAACCCAGUGGAGGAGAAAACUGUCUUCUUCUCAGGCAAUGAAAUGUGGGUGUACAAGGCCGACGAACUGGAGAAAGGUUACCCCAAGAGCCUCGACAAUCUUGGCCUGCCAAGCGACCUGGAACAGAUCGACGCUGCUUUCAGCUUUAGGAAGAACAAAAAAACGUAUCUCUUUGCUGGCGAGCAGUUCUGGAGAUAUGAUGAAAAUACAAAGACUAUGGAUAGCGGUUUCCCCAAACUCAUUGCUGAAUCCUGGAAUGGCAUACCAGAUGGUGUUGAUGCUGCCUUUAGUCUCAACGGAAUUGAUUACAGCUACUUUUUCAAAGGCGACCACUAUUUCAAACUGGAGGACAGCAGUUUGAAGAUUGUCAAGUUGGGUGAAAUCACAAAAGACUGGCUUGGCUGUUGA